AUGGCGCGGUCACGCGAUCAAAUCUGCUGUCACGAGCCUUAUCCAAGCAACGGAGUGGAGGCUGGAGAAUUAGAACGGACAUCAAUUAUACACCACAUUUCAGUUACCAAAUUGAGUGUGUGGUUAAGAGAGCCGGGCUUUAAAUUCGUAUUGCAAGUUGGCACUUGAGAGCGUCUACGUAGUUAUCCCGGACAACCGGUGAUGUAUCCCAGUAUUUGAAUGAUAUUGGUAGACAGCUAGCUAGCUGUUAGGCUAGCUAUACGGCGCUUCACUUCGAAGUAACUCAACGUUAUAUUCUGUGACGUUUGUUCUACUAACACAUCUGACUGCAUGUAUCUGCGAGACACCCAAGUAGUGUGGGGUUUUACCUUUUGUGAAUCGUUACAGUAGAUGGUAUAUGCGUCGCCUCUAUGUAGGUAAGGAUUGAAUGAAAUAACGUUAGCUUGCCAUAGCCAGCGGAAACGAGCCAGUUAACGGGGAUAACGCUAAUUUAUCCUCCAGCACCAUCCAGCUAAUCUAGUGUAUGCUAUCUGAGCUAACAUAGCCUGCCACAGGCAUACCGCGAGCUUCGUCAGCAACACUGAAUGAUAUAGGUGUAGCGAGCAACUGGAAUUGCUGAAAAGCUAGCUACUACUAAACGUCAAGUUGGCCAUAUUCGACUCCAGUCCGGUGUAAAGGCUGAGCGACGUCAGAUACAGUUAAGGCCGGAGUGAGGACAAAUCUGCAAACAUGCCGGCUGUGUCGAAAGGAGAUGGAAUGCGCGGAUUAGCAGUUUUCAUUUCCGACAUAAGAAACUGUAAGAGCAAGGAAGCUGAGAUCAAACGGAUCAAUAAAGAGCUGGCCAACAUUCGCUCCAAGUUUAAAGGGGACAAGGCUCUUGAUGGCUACAGCAAGAAGAAAUAUGUCUGCAAGCUGCUCUUCAUCUUCCUGCUCGGCCAUGACAUUGACUUUGGACACAUGGAGGCGGUCAACCUACUGAGCUCCAAUAAGUACACAGAGAAACAGAUUGGUUACCUGUUCAUUUCAGUGUUGGUAAACAGCAACAGUGAGCUGAUUCGUCUGAUCAACAACGCCAUCAAGAAUGACCUCUCCAGCCGCAACCCCACCUUCAUGUGCCUGGCACUUCACUGUAUUGCUAACGUGGGAAGCCGUGAGAUGGCUGAGGCUUUUGCCAGUGAGAUCCCUCGGAUCCUGGUGGCUGGUGAUACCAUGGACAGUGUGAAGCAGUCUGCUGCCCUGUGUCUGCUGCGCCUCUAUAAGACCUCUCCUGACCUGGUUCUGAUGGGGGAGUGGACCUCCCGCGUGGUGCACCUGCUCAAUGACCAACACAUGGGUGUGGUGACAGCAGCCAUUUCCCUCAUCACCUGUCUGAGCCAGAAGAAUCCAGAUGAGUUCAAGACCUGCGUUUCACUGGCCGUUUCCCGACUUAGCAGGAUUGUGUCUUCGGCCUCCACUGAUCUGCAGGACUACACCUACUACUUUGUCCCGGCACCCUGGCUCUCCUGCAAGCUGCUGCGUCUGCUGCAGUGCUACCCUCCACCAGAAGAUGGUGCUGUCAAGGGUCGUCUGGUAGAAUGUCUGGAGACCAUCCUGAAUAAGGCACAGGAGCCACCCAAGUCCAAGAAGGUGCAACACUCCAAUGCCAAGAAUGCAAUCCUGUUUGAGGCUAUCUCACUGAUCAUACACUAUGACAGCGAGCCCAACCUGCUGGUGCGAGCCUGUAAUCAGCUGGGCCAGUUCCUGCAGCACAGGGAGACCAACCUGCGCUACCUGGCUCUAGAGAGCAUGUGCACCUUGGCCAGCUCUGAGUUUUCCCAUGAAGCUGUCAAGACACACAUCGAGACCGUCAUCAACGCCCUCAAGACUGAGAGGGAUGUGAGUGUUCGACAGAGGGCCGCUGAUCUGCUGUAUGCCAUGUGCGAUCGCAGCAAUGCCAAGCAGAUCGUAGCUGAGAUGCUCAGCUACCUCGAGACAGCAGACUACUCAAUCAGAGAGGAGAUGGUGCUAAAAGUAGCCAUACUUGCAGAGAAAUAUGCCGUGGAUUACUCCUGGUACGUGGACACCAUUCUCAACCUGAUACGCAUAGCCGGAGACUACGUCAGUGAAGAGGUGUGGUAUCGCGUCAUUCAGAUCGUCAUCAAUCGAGACGAUGUGCAGGGCUACGCUGCCAAGACGGUCUUUGAGGCCCUGCAGGCCCCUGCCUGUCAUGAGAACAUGGUGAAGGUUGGAGGCUACAUUCUGGGAGAGUUUGGAAACCUUAUUGCUGGAGACCCACGCUCCAGCCCCCUGGUCCAGUUCAACCUUCUCCAUUCCAAGUUCCACCUGUGCUCCGUGCCGACCCGCGCCCUGCUGCUGUCAGCUUACAUCAAGUUCAUCAACCUGUUCCCGGAGACCAAGGCCACCAUCCAGGAGGUGCUGCGCUGCGACAGCCAGAUCCGCAACUCAGACGUUGAGCUGCAGCAGCGUGCUGUCGAGUAUCUGAAGCUUUCCUCCAUCGCUAGCACAGAUGUCCUGGCUACAGUCCUGGAAGAGAUGCCUCCCUUCCCAGAGCGGGAGUCAUCAAUCUUGGCUAAGCUGAAGAAGAAGAAGGGGCCCGGUACUGUGUCCGUGACAGAUCUGGAAGACAGCAAAAGGGAAGGCGGGGAGUUGAAUGGAGGGGGUGAGCGGGGGCCAGACACAGCGGCCAUGGCUUCCUCCAAUGCUUCCACCCCGUCACCAUCAGCAGACCUCCUUGGGAUUCGUUCGGCUGCCCCUGUUGGUGCUGCUCCAGCCAGUGCUGGCAGUCUAUUGGUGGAUGUGUUCUCUGAGGCAGGGCCUGCUGCACCUUCUGCUGCUGUGAACGAUGACGGCUUCCUAAGAGAUCUGGAACAGCCCACCGCGACCUGUGACUCCCUAUUGGUGGAGGGUUCUGGUGACUCGGACUCUGCUCCUCCCUCUGAGGAUCCUGCUCCUCCUCUGCCUGAGGCAGACGAACUUCUUAACAAGUUUGUGUGCAAGAACAAUGGGGUUCUGUUUGAGAAUCAGCUUCUACAGAUUGGCAUAAAGUCAGAGUAUCGUCAAAAUCUGGGGAGAAUGUACUUAUUCUACGGUAACAAGACUUCAGUGCAGUUUGCCAGCUUCACCACCACCGUCAGCUAUCCUGGGGAGCUGCAAUCUCAGCUCAACGUUCAGACCAAACCAGUAGAACCACUGGUAGAGGGGGGGGCCCAGAUCCAACAGGUCCUCAACAUAGAGUGUCUGACAGACUUCUCUGACGCUCCGCUGCUCAACAUCAAGUUCAGAUAUGGGGGAGCGCUGCAGAACCUGACCCUAAAGCUGCCUGUCACCAUCAACAAGUUCUUCCAGCCCACCGAGAUGACUUCACACGACUUCUUCCAGCGCUGGAAACAGCUCAGCCAACCACAACAAGAAGCACAGAAGAUAUUCAAGGCUAACCACGGCAUGGACACAGAAGUUCUUAAGGCAAAGCUCCUGGGACUGGGAUCGGCCCUGCUGGAUGACGUGGAUCCCAACCCUGAGAAUUAUGUGUGUGCUGGAGUGAUCCAGACCAAGGGCCAGCAGGUGGGCUGUCUGCUGAGGCUGGAGCCCAACAGCCAGGCACAGAUGUACCGUCUGACUCUGCGCUGCAGUAAGGACUCCGUCUCCAAGCGUCUGUGCGAGCUGCUGGCUGAACAGUUCUAGAGUCCGGACCCCCCCCAUCACCAGUCCUCCCACCAUCCCCUACCAGCGACCUCUCCUCCCCCCAACAAAUAAUCUUUGAGUACAUAAAGGUGUAACCUACAUAAGGGAAAAAGCAGCCACUGACAGCAGCAGCGGCAAUAUUAUUGUUAUUUUAUUGUCCCAGAUUCUGAUUCCAGUCCAUCUUCUACUUGUUUAUUAACAUGAUGCUACAUCUCUGUGUGUGUGUGUGUGUGCACACGUGUGUGUGCGCGUGUCGAUGGUGUGUGUGAGAGAGAAAGAGUCCAAAUUUGAUCUGUUAGAGCAUUCCUUGAAGAUAAAUGGGUGAGGCUGUUUAUUACACACACACUCAUAUCCUCUCACACACUAGUAUAAGGCCUCCACGUUUCCUUGUGGUUCUGGUGGAAACACUAAUGAAGUGAGACCUGAGGGUCCAGAACUCUGCCGCUGCCCACUCAUUUCCGUCAAGCAUUCCCAGUGAAAAUGCACUUAAUGCGCUGACCCCCCCCCCCCCCCCCCGCCCCCGAAUGAUAAUUCCUCUCCUGGCAGCCAUGUGAUGAGUUACCUGUCAUUUCAAAGAGUCAGUACACUUGUUUAUGUUUUUGAUCUGUAUGUAAAUAUGUGCCAGUGUAUUACUUUAUCGCUUUCUGAAACAUUCCCAUGUUGCUUGUGUAAAAUGCCUGUGAUGAACCCCUAGAGUGAGAGGAGGCACAGAGUGACUGUAGACGGCGGCUGAGGGUCCGACCUGGCAGCGAGAAACAGUCGGUUAGACCCUGAGUUUCUCAUCAGCUGUCUGUAGGAGGCUUAGCAAGUCGUCUCUUAUACAACUGGAACAUUCUUUCUGAGAACACUUGGGGGAAAAUCAAAUGUCACUUUUGUGCUGCUUGCCCAAUUAUGUAUUGAAAUGAUUUGUUGUUCUAUACAACAUGCCAUGCAGAGGUGAUAUAUUUCUUUCAUAGUAAGCAACUUAAAGCAGCAUGCUUUAGAAAGAGAGAAGACUUCAUUGACAAGGACUAACUGGUCAAAUGUAUGUGUGGUUAAGUUUCCCACCUCUGAUUAAGCGCAGGAGGGUGUGACUUUAUAUCAGAGCUAUCAUGGCUUCAGAGGACCCUACAAUACUGUCUAUGUCGAACUCCUUGAUUUGUCUUUAUGAAGAAGUGCACACAGAGAUCAUUUACGUAAAGGAUAUAACAGUUUGUCAUGAGGCAGUGAUGAACAUAUGCUGCUAAACGCAAAAACCAUUCUAUGAGCCAGUUCCAGAGAAGUCUGUCUGAUAUACAUACACAACAUUUAAAGAAGAGAUCAAUACCAACACAGUAUCCCACAGCUGGAACUCUUCCUUGGCUUCCUCUCACGCACAAGCACUGAUUUUGUCGGGGAGGAUAUGAUGUAAGCAUCUACAGGGGACUCGGUAUGUUUGUGUUUGUGUUGAUUGAAUGUGGCUGUAAGCAGGUAUACAUGGUUACAUUACAUUCUCUGGCUGCGUGGCAAUCACAGGACAUUGAACUUUGUAGUGGAAAAUAUAGUCAUUCUGUGAGUGUGUGUGUAUGCAGUGUUCACUAGCUAAUGCAGCCUCGUGUAUCAGUGUUAAGAACCUGUCCAAUACCUGUGUUAGAAUUAAGAUUUACUCUGUAAUGAAAAGAUGUGAAAGUAAAACUAUGCCAUAUAUCCAA